AUAAAUGCAGAGCCGCUCGCCGUGGGGAAAACAGCGAACCUGCAGAGACAAGCGAGUUGUCGAACUGCUGUCUGGUGUUCGUGAGCGCGCUUCCACGGACCCACUGCCUCCGAGGACGAACCCCUGCGGCACCGGCCUUCAGUUCCCGCUUCGGAAAGGACCGAGCUUCUGUUCGCGGAUCCCGGCCGCGGUUUUCAGGCCCGAACCUCAGCGCGGAGCGAGAGAGCAGGGCACCGGCAUGGCUAAAACCACAGCCAUCGGCAUCGACCUGGGCACCACCUACUCGUGCGUGGGGGUGUUCCAGCACGGCAAGGUGGAGAUCAUCGCCAACGACCAGGGCAACCGCACCACCCCCAGCUACGUGGCGUUCACCGACACCGAGCGGCUCAUCGGGGACGCCGCCAAGAACCAGGUGGCGCUGAACCCGCAGAACACCGUGUUCGACGCCAAGCGGCUGAUCGGCCGCAAGUUCGGCGACCCGGUGGUGCAGUCGGACAUGAAGCACUGGCCUUUCCAGGUGAUCAGCGACGGGGACAAGCCCAAGGUGCAGGUGAGCUACAAGGGGGAGACCAAGGCGUUCUACCCCGAGGAGAUCUCGUCCAUGGUGCUGACCAAGAUGAAGGAGAUCGCCGAGGCGUACCUGGGCUACCCGGUGACCAACGCGGUGAUCACCGUGCCCGCCUACUUCAACGACUCGCAGCGCCAGGCCACCAAGGAUGCAGGGGUGAUCGCGGGGCUGAACGUGCUGAGGAUCAUCAACGAGCCCACGGCCGCCGCCAUCGCCUACGGCCUAGACAGGACCGGCAAGGGGGAGCGCAACGUGCUCAUCUUCGACCUGGGCGGGGGCACCUUCGACGUGUCCAUCCUGACGAUCGACGACGGCAUCUUCGAGGUGAAGGCCACGGCCGGGGACACCCACCUGGGAGGGGAAGACUUUGACAACAGGCUGGUGAACCACUUCGUGGAGGAGUUCAAGAGGAAGCACAAGAAGGACAUCAGCCAGAACAAGCGAGCCGUGAGGCGGCUGCGCACCGCCUGCGAGAGGGCCAAGAGGACCCUGUCGUCCAGCACGCAGGCCAGCCUGGAGAUCGACUCCCUGUUCGAGGGCAUCGACUUCUACACGUCCAUCACCAGGGCGCGUUUCGAGGAGCUGUGCUCCGACCUGUUUCGGGGCACCCUGGAGCCAGUGGAGAAGGCUCUGCGUGACGCCAAGCUGGACAAGGCCCAGAUCCACGACCUGGUCCUGGUGGGGGGCUCCACCCGCAUCCCCAAGGUGCAGAAGCUGCUGCAGGACUUUUUCAACGGGCGCGACCUCAACAAGAGCAUCAACCCGGAUGAGGCGGUGGCUUACGGGGCGGCGGUGCAGGCAGCCAUCCUGAUGGGGGACAAGUCCGAGAAUGUGCAGGACCUGCUGCUGCUGGACGUGGCUCCUCUGUCGCUGGGGCUGGAGACUGCCGGGGGCGUGAUGACUGCCCUGAUCAAGCGCAACUCCACCAUCCCCACCAAGCAGACGCAGAUCUUCACCACCUACUCGGACAACCAGCCCGGGGUGCUGAUCCAGGUGUACGAGGGCGAGAGGGCCAUGACAAGGGACAACAACCUGCUGGGGCGCUUCGAGCUGAGUGGCAUCCCACCUGCCCCCAGGGGCGUGCCCCAGAUCGAGGUGACCUUUGAUAUCGACGCCAAUGGCAUCCUGAACGUCACGGCCACGGACAAGAGCACCGGCAAGGCCAACAAGAUCACCAUCACCAAUGACAAGGGCCGCCUGAGCAAGGAGGAGAUCGAGCGCAUGGUGCAGGAGGCGGAGAAGUACAAAGCCGAGGACGAGGUCCAGCGCGAGAGGGUGUCUGCCAAGAACGCUUUGGAGUCGUACGCCUUCAACAUGAAGAGCGCUGUGGAGGAUGAGGGGCUCAAAGGCAAGAUCAGCGAGUCGGACAAGAAGAAGGUGCUCGACAAGUGCCAGGAGGUGAUUUCCUGGCUGGACGCCAACACCCUGGCGGAGAAGGAGGAGUUUGAGCACAAGAGGAAAGAGUUGGAGCAGGUGUGUAACCCCAUCAUCAGCGGACUGUACCAGGGGGCGGGUGGCCCCGGGGCCGGUGGUUUUGGGGCCCAGGCCCCCAAGGGGGGCUCUGGGUCUGGCCCGACCAUUGAGGAGGUGGAUUAGGAGGAGGCUUUUCCAGACCUGGUCACGUUUGUUAUGAAAACAGAUGGGAUUCGAGACUUUGCAUUGCCAUAUAUUUGCCUUUCAUCGGCUCUCAAUUUUGCAAGCUGUUUGUAAAGUUUAGCUGUGUGUCUCUUUUGGUAUAGUUAGGAACUGCCUUUUUCAGUGUUUUUCAAAUUUGUCUCUGAAAGUAGGUGACCUAAGGACCUUGCUACUGGCCUAUAUAUAUUUUAUUUUUCAGCUGUCUACUAUUUGAGUUCAAUAUAAAGUUAGUUUGUAACUUGAUUAACUUGCUCCUCUGUAUUUUGCCUUUGUGGAAUAGCCAAUGUAUUCUGUAGAAUUAUUUCCACUGAAUGUAACUUGGUACUCUAACGGUGUCUUUCCUUUAUCUCAAGUGAAUCAACACUGCCACCCUCUGUCCAAUUUUUUUUUUUUUUUUGGUUUUGUAAAUACCAAAGUCAUGGAAUGGUUUUUUAAAUGACUUGUAUAGUGAGGAUGAAAGUAACAAUAAAAUGUUAAUAAAGUU